UCAUUUUAUAUAAGGAAACCUUCACAACUUUAACACCACACCAACAUCCCAUUUAGAAACUCUUUUAGAUCCAAUUUGAUUCCACACAAAAAAGUGGAAGCUAUGGAAAAGAUAAAUUACCAUAAAAUAGCAUUUUUUACUCAAAGCAUAAGAACUCAUCAUAACUAUCUUAUUAAGGUUACACCGUUGAUAGUUUCCUUAUCUUUGUUUCCUUUCAUCUUUUCUACUCCUUCCUUAAUUUCUUUCCUCCAUCACUUCAACUUCUACUUCUCUACAUUUUCUUUCCAACUAUUCACUCACACCAUAGACAAAAAUUGCAUGUUCCUUCUAUGUAAUGGUCUUCUUGUUUUUGUUGGUAUAACAAGAUCUUUAUCUACUGGGUCUAGUAGUGUUGAUGAAUCUUUCAACUAUGUUAAAGAUGGUUCGCAAUCACUUUACUCAAUGGUUGAAACUAAAGUGACAGUAUUAGUGAGUGAAGAAAACGACGACGAAGCUAAAGAUAUAAAUUUUGAAGAAGGAAAAGGAAGUAGCAUAUUAGUUUUGGAACAAGAAGAGGAGCCAAAAGAAAAAAGUAACAUGUUUGACGAAGGAGGUGAAGAGAAAGACAAUGAUAAAGAAAUGGUUGAUGAGGAAGAAGUUUUAGAAGAAGCAAAUUGGGUGUUAAACACAGAUGAAUUGAACAAAAGGUUUGAUGACUUCAUUAGAAGGAUGAAAGAAGAUUUGAGGAUUGAAGCUCAAAGACAAUUUGUCAUGGCUUGAUUUUGCUUA